GGGAAGCUCGGGACUCGUCUCCACAUUGAUACGUAGCAUACCUACGAUAUCACAACUGACUCAGACAACAGCGUACCUUCGCCUCUAUCGGGAAACGAAGCCUAGAAAUUGCUUAAUAAUCUAGCAGCUGUCCAUAUCCACAUAUUGUAAUAUAUCGGGUUCCUAUUUCAUCUCAGUAUGGGUGCCUUCUUCGAAACUAUCCCAACCUCUCUCAUCAAGUGGAUUCUUGAUCAGAAGAUCUUCUGGGUAUCAACAGCACCGUUAUCGGGGAAAGGUCACGUUAAUGUCUCGCCAAAGGGCGGACAAGCCUUCGGUGUCCCCGACGAGAAGACGUUUUGGUAUCUCGAUAUGACGGGCUCCGGAAACGAGACUAUCUCGCAUCUUCUGGAGCCGGGCAACGGCCGCGUCACUAUUCUCUUUAACGCCUUCGAGGGCCCGCCGCGCAUAUUGAGGCUCUGGGGUAAAGGGCGGGUACUGGAAAGCGGGUCUCCCGAAUUCGACGACAUCGUGCAGCGGGAGGACAUCGAGAUAAUCCCGGGCAUACGCUCCGUCAUCGUGGUCGAUAUCCACCAGGUUGGUACCUCCUGCGGAUAUAGCGUGCCCCUGUACGACUUCAAGGAGUUCCGCACGACGCUCUACGACUUCUUUAGGCGCAAGGAGGAGAAAUAUCUCGCCGGAAACGAGAAGGAGAGCAUGGACCGUUACUGGGCCCAGAAGAACGCGUGGAGCAUGGAUGGCCUGCCGGGCAUGCAGAGAGGGCUCGAAGCCGGGCGUCUUUACGCCAUUAAACCGGUGAAGAAGAUGGUUGGACCGCUAGCCCCUAAGAAUGGGGCUAAUUUAAGCCUUUGGCGGAGCGGCUUUCAUGUGGAACAUUUCGUUAUCAUCGUUCUAGCUCUCUUGCUUGCUAUCGCGCUGGCUACACAUCCUGCUCUUCAGCAUCAGGCUCAGACACGAAUAUUCAAGGCGGUGCCAGGAGCACUUCCAAGUUCUGUCCGAUUCCGAGAUUGAUACUGCUCACAGGUCUAUCCCCCCAUCGUUAGUAAGAAUACUUGAGGGUUUAUAGCGCAAGACAAGUGGCUUGUGUGAUACCAGAUUGGCCGCAUAGACAUAUUCUAGGAAUUCUGUUGGUCAUUGAGAUAUUGGUAUUGGUUGCGGUGAAGCUGAUGC